AUGGCCCCGUUCCUGCGCAUCGCCUUCACCUCCUAUGAGCUGGGCUCCCUGCAGGCCGCCGAUGAGGCCAGCCAGCCCUUCUGUGCCGUGAAGAUGAAGGAGGCACUCAGCACAGAGCGCGGGAAGACGCUGGUGCAGAAGAAGCCCACCAUGUACCCUGAGUGGAAGUCCACAUUCGACGCCCACAUCUACGAGGGCCGAGUCAUCCAGAUCGUGCUGAUGCGGGCAGCUGAAGAGCCGAUGUCCGAGGUGACGGUGGGCGUGUCGGUGCUGGCCGAGCGCUGCAAGAAGAACAACGGGAAGGCCGAGUUCUGGCUGGACCUGCAACCCCAGGCCAAGGUGUUGAUGUCUGUGCAGUAUUUUCUGGAAGACAUAGAUUGCAGACAGUCUAUGCAUGGUGAAGACGAGGCCAAGUUACCAACAAUGAACCGCCGUGGAGCCAUCAAACAGGCCAAAAUCCACUACAUCAAGAACCACGAGUUUAUUGCCACCUUCUUCGGACAGCCUACUUUCUGUUCUGUGUGCAAAGACUUUGUUUGGGGUCUCAACAAGCAAGGCUACAAAUGCAGGCAAUGCAACGCUGCCAUCCACAAGAAAUGCAUCGACAAGAUCAUCGGCCGGUGCACGGGCACCGCAGCCAACAGCCGGGACACCAUAUUCCAGAAAGAACGUUUCAACAUCGACAUGCCGCACCGAUUCAAGGUUUACAACUACAUGAGCCCCACCUUCUGUGACCACUGUGGCAGUCUGCUCUGGGGGCUGGUGAAGCAGGGAUUAAAAUGUGAAGACUGUGGCAUGAAUGUACACCAUAAGUGCCAGAAGAAAGUGGCCAACCUCUGUGGCAUUAACCAGAAGCUCUUGGCUGAGGCAUUGAACCAAGUGACCCAGAGAUCCUCCCGGAAGUCAGAAACAGAGUCUGUUGGAAUCUACCAGAAUUUUGAGAGAAAGCCAGGAGUCUCUGGAGACAUUGCCCCAGGUGAAGACAACGGGACGUACGGCAAGAUCUGGGAGGGCAGCACCAGGUGCAACAUUGACAACUUCAUCUUCCACAAGGUCCUGGGCAAAGGCAGCUUUGGGAAGGUGCUGCUUGUAGAGCUGAAGGGCAAGAAGGAGUUCUUUGCUAUCAAGGCUCUUAAGAAGGACGUGGUUCUGAUCGACGAUGACGUGGAGUGCACCAUGGUGGAGAAGCGGGUGCUGGCGCUCGCCUGGGAGAAUCCCUUUCUCACCCACCUGUUCUGCACAUUUCAGACCAAGGACCACCUGUUCUUCGUGAUGGAGUUCCUCAAUGGUGGGGACCUCAUGUACCACAUCCAGGACAAAGGCCGCUUCGAGCUCUAUCGGGCCACGUUUUAUGCAGCUGAGAUAGUCUGUGGAUUGCAGUUUCUGCACAACAAAGGGAUCAUUUACAGGGACCUCAAGCUGGACAAUGUGAUGCUGGACCAGGAUGGCCACAUCAAGAUUGCUGACUUUGGGAUGUGCAAGGAGAACAUAUUUGGGGAGAAACAGGCUAGCACCUUCUGUGGCACCCCUGACUAUAUUGCCCCCGAGAUCCUGCAGGGCCUAAAGUACUCCUUCUCUGUGGACUGGUGGUCCUUUGGAGUCCUUCUCUACGAGAUGCUCAUUGGUCAGUCCCCCUUCCACGGUGACGAUGAGGACGAACUCUUCGAGUCCAUCCGUGUGGACACGCCACAUUAUCCCCGCUGGAUCACCAAGGAGUCCAAGGACAUCCUGGAGAAGCUGCUUGAAAGAGAUACAACCAAGAGGCUGGGAGUGACGGGCAACAUCAAAAUCCACCCGUUCUUCAAGACCAUUAACUGGACCCUGCUGGAGAAACGGGCUGUGGAGCCGCCCUUCAAGCCCAAAGUGAAGUCCCCUGGAGACUACAGUAACUUUGACCAGGAGUUCCUGAACGAGAAGGCACGCCUCUCCUACACCGAUAAGAACCUCAUCGACUCCAUGGACCAAACAGCAUUCGCUGGCUUCUCCUUUGUGAACCCCAAAUUUGAGAGAUUCCUGGAAAAGUGA